AUGGUUCGAGUCCCGCUAAGGCUGCAGACGGACGAUGAGGCAAAGUGGGAAGUAGCGGCCAGUCUGAAUUAUCAUAACACUGUAGUGCCUUUCACUGCAGACACAAGCCUGUCCCUCAAUUACUCGUGUCCCCAAUUGCUAACCCGUCCUAUAGAACACACGAAAUUCUCGCAUGCUGACAACAAUCAGGUGUCGGAUGGCUGCAACAAAAAAUUAGCGUCGUAG